AACAUAUUGAUACCAAUAACUGAUGAUUACUUUGUAAACAAUAUGAAAGUUGAAAAAAAAAUCUAAAAUCUAAAUAUUUUUGAUUGGACAUUGGGAUGGUUUUGGGAUUACUCUUAGGCCAUUUAUCUUAGAGUGAAUUUUCAUUGGAUAUUGGGUUGCUGAAUUGCGCCGCUUUUCUGUCUGGUUUUGACUGGACAUUGGGUUGGUUUUUCAUUGGGCUAUUUUUCAUAGUCCAUUGAGAUGUUUUGUCUAGACAUGGACACUGGUCAGGUUUGGGGUCUGGUUUUGAUUAGACAUUGGUCUGGUUUGGGGCUAGUUUGGAUUGGUUUUGGACAAUUUCUGAUUGGCCAUUGAGCUGUUUUAUCUGUGCAUAGACAUUGGUCUUGUUUGGGGGCUGGUUUUGAUUGGACAUGGCUAUUGUUUGGCGGAUGGUUUUGAUUGGACAUGGGAUGUGUUUGGGGGCUGGUUUUGACUGGACAUGGGUUAUGUUUGUUUUUAUUAGACAUGGGUCUAAUUUGGGGUUGGUUUUCAUUGGACAUGGGUCUUGUUUGGGGGAUGUUUUUUAUUGGACAUGGGUCUAGUUUGGGGGCUGAUUUUGAUUGGACAUGGGUCUAGUUUGGGGGCUGAUUUUGAUUGGACAUGGGUCUAGUUUGGGGGCUGAUUUUGAUCGGACAUGGGUAUUGUUUGGGGGUUGGUUUUAACUAGACAUGGAUCUAGUUUGGGUGUUGAUUUUGAUUGGACAUGGGUUUUGAUUUUCAUUCAUUGAUUUUGUCGAGCGGAUCUGGCAACCCUGCCUGGGAUCUUCCACCAUCCAUUUUUAUGCAGGGAGCGCACGAGACGUGCAGAGGCCCGUUAUUAUUAGUUUCUUCAUCAUGGCUGACGUUCCAGCGUUAAUUAACAUCUGCGUGUCGUUAAAGAUCCAGCCGAACGAUGGCCCGGUGUUCUUUAAAGCGGACGGGUCCCGGUUCGGACAGACGCGGACUAUAAAACUGCUGACGGGCUCCAAAUAUAAAAUCGAGGUGGUGUUAAAACCGGGGAACGCCGAGCCCCUCACUAUGGGAAUCGGCGGAAAAACCUUUGAUCUGGAGCAGCAGUCUAAAGAUGAUGAGUCUGCCGUAUAUCACGGCUUUUACGACACUGAGGGUGUUCCUCACACCAAAAGCGGGGACAGACAACCCGUGCAGGUUACCAUACAGUUCAAGGAGGUGGGCGUGUUCGAGACGGUGUGGCAGGUGAAGUACUACAACUACUACAAGCGUGAGCACUGCCAGUUCGGCAACAAGUUCAGCUGCAUCGAGUACGAGGUGAAGCCCAACGAGACGCGCAGCCUCAUGUGGAUCAACAAGGAGCUCUUCCAGUAAAACACAGUCGCCGUGGCGUUAACCGAUUCGAGCACAGCGCGGCGGCACUGCGACUUGUGAACAGUAACCAUCAUUGAGCAGAUUGUGUACUGUGUAAUUAUGGAUUCAAGACGUUGGGUACCUGUUAGCGUGGCUGACUCUCUUCUACUUCUGUUCUGUGAGCCAUGCUAGCAAACAGGACAGAACCUGGGGAGAUCGAUACUGUCUUUCUUUUUUUAUUCUUCUUUUGUGCAUGUAAGCUUUUACACAUAUCUUUAUUUGAGUCAGGUCUUACAGGUUGUUGUUGUUUUUUUUGGUCCAUGUUCUGCGUUUACACAUAUCAACGCUAGUUAGUCGUUAGUGACACUCGGAUCCUUCCUAUUAGUACUGACGUAAUGUAGAACCACAAUCCAGUGAUUCCUUAUACCUUGUGAAAUGUACGGGCAUUACAGCAGAAAUCGCUUCCAGUUAGAUAGUCAUGGCAGGUUUAUUUAAAAUGACAAGCAUGUCUCAGGAGCAAAUCAAGACCUUUCUCCAGGUAGGUUGUUCAGUGGGUUACACUUGGUCAUUUCACACACCUUGACUUAUCUGGAGUGAGAUUUUUAAAAGCCAACAUUGGCAUUCACGAAGUCUGUGCAUCACCAGUUGGAAGGAGUUUUCCCAGUGUAUAAUGCAUCAGAAAUGCAUCUCGGUGCCUGGUCUUUUUUUUUUUUUUCAACCUUGAGCGUGUGUCCCCACUGUAGCAUCAGAUUCCCGUUCUCGGCUGACAGGAGUGAAACCCGACGUCGUCUUCUCCUGUUAUAGUCCGUCUGCAUUAAGGUUUCACCAAGUUGUCCUUUCUUCGACGCAUCCUUUCCUGCUCGCCACAGCCGUAGAGAGCGGUUAUUCGAGUUCCUGUCAGCUUGAAGCAGCAGAACUGGAUGUUUUUUUUGUUUUUCGCACCAUUCCGUUCUGCAUGAAAAUCCCAGGAGAUCAGCACCAACAACCAUGCUGUGUACAAAGCCUCUGAGAUCACCGAUGCCUGAUGCGAACAUUAUCUGACGCUCUUAACUUGUACGUGUAUGAUUUAACGUCUGAUUGGCUGACUGGGUACGCCUGGUUUUACACCAGCGUAAACGAAUCUGUUUCUCCAAGCCACAGUUGACAACUAAACCCCGUCCAAAUACGUGAUGCCCAGGCUCUGUGAAGCGAUUUAAAAUGUCAUGAGCUGAUGUGCAUAUUAAUAUCUGGCUACAAGUGUCGAUGCACACGGUUCAAAUCUUAUCAUUAAGCAAUGGCUUAGAACAC